AUGAAAUCCAUACUAUUGGUCCUAACAAGCACAUACUUGGCCAGCUGCACACCGAUCCCUCCACCGCAUCCUGUCGUGGUGGCUGUAAGACAAGAGGAGGAGCUUUUACCUCUAUAUCUGAAGAGUCCACAUAACUUCAACCCACAUCUCCAGCAAAUUCUACCUUUAACCAGUUUGCUGCAUCAUGGGGAAAAGCCAGUAUACCACAGAGACACAGACGACGUAUCUCGACAAGAAGUAUACAACAUCCUGACCCACGCAGGGUUUAUUCCUCGAAGACCACUACAUUACCAGCCGGAGCCUGGCUACCAACACGUCAUAAUGCCACCAACAAGCUGCAAAGCUCUAGUAAAAGACUAUUGCUCAAACUGUUCAUUCGCUGGUGUGCAUUUUAUCGCGGACGACACCAAACAUUGGUCCGAGAGACUGCUGUGGUUAGCCCUGGUGACUCUCUCAUGGUACGGCUCCGGGAUCCUGAUCAUUGCAGCUUGGGACGCCUUCGUCCAAAGCCCCAUAAGCUUCGGAGUGGAAACUACGUACACAGACUGGGAGACCAAAAUGCCUUCCGUGGCAAUAUGUGAAACUUCCAACGAUGAAAAGAUUUACAAUGUUUCUGACACUAUCUGGACUCCAGAUCAUCUACUCGACCUUGAAGAUGCUCUGAAAGAUAUUGCCUACUUCCGAGGUGUUACUUACACAUUAGUGGAACUGUGUCACUUAACAAACAACCCGGAUCCCCAGUGUCCUAUGUCCAAUUUCAGCUACUACGCCAAUUUAAUCCGUAGUGAUUGCCAUCACAUCUUGAAGAAUUGCUCUUAUAAUGACAAAGCUUUCGAUUGCUGUGAAUAUUUUCUGCCACUAGACACUGAUAUGGGUAAAUGUUACGCUAUCAACUCUAUUCAAACUAUGAAGCAAAAUCCGUAUCCAAUGAUCGGUAGCAUGAAAAAUCAACGGUGUGUGAUCAGAUUUGAGGUGUUGAUACCGUCCUCGAUGUACACAUUAGGAGACGAUGAAGUGCCGACUAUCACUAGUUUACAAUCAUCGUCUAUGAAGAUACAAAUUGGCUAUAGCCAUCGACGUCAAGUAGCAGUACGGAAUAUAGAAAACGAUCCUCUAGUUGUACAGACAACACCUAAACAGCGAGCUUGCAAUUUCCACAACGAAAACGAAGAUGGGCUAUACCCGCACCAUUCCUACAGCGCGUGCACAGUAUUAUGUCGUAAGCGGGCACAAUUGAGCCUCUGUCAAUGUAACGACCACUUUAUGUUGGGUACCACCGAAGAAGAGCGGUGCAAUAUCUCGGGGUUAUCCUGCCUCCAUAAGUACGCAAGCCACCUCACUACCCUGAAGCCACGGUGGGCCACACGACCCGGUUUGACAUGCAAUUGUAUUCCGUCGUGUACUGAAACCGAAAUCACAGUCGUCAAAGACGUUGUAAUACCCAACAAAAGUAAUAGAAAGAAGACCAGUGUGGAAAUGAUAUUAGCAUACUUACCUACGGAAAGAUUCAAGCGAAACGUAAUUAGGAGUCGCCUAGAUUUAGUGGUGUCAGUAGGCGGUACUGCGGGUCUUUUUGUCGGAGCAAGCUUAUUAAGUUUCGUUGAACUGCUGUUCUACUUCACAAUUCGAUACGGCAGUAACAUUUUACUUGAACGAAAGAGACUCGGGGAACUGAAGAAAAAGAAAUUCAGACAAAAGUUUCAAAUUCGAAAAAAGUUAGGAGCACAUAAUUAUUACUAA